CCGUUGUGAAAGCAUUACUUCUGAGUCCUGACCAUCAGCUGGACUGUGUGACACGACACGCCGCACACCUCCUGACACAGUUAUCAAGCGUUCUUCUCACCCUUUCCUCCUGCCGGCCUGCUGAGGGAGGGAGAAGGGAGAGAUGUGACCAGAGGAGGCUUGGGAGGAGAGAGAGGAAGGCGACACACGGCCAGACAAAGGUGUCCAGGCCAGGUGCUCGACAUGGCUCCCUCCAGCUGGCUUCCCAGAGGGAUCCUGCAGGAUUGUUCGUGGUGUGUUGUGCCAGGAGCAGUGCUGCAGUGGAGGGGUGAGGCCAGGCAGCAGCAGCAGCAGUCUGCCUCAGGUGUGGGGAGGUCCAGGCAUGGUGGCAAGAAUGACCUGGAGGCAGGCAGCUCCACCCAUAGAGGAGAGAGAAAGUUUGUGUGUCAGCAAUGUGAUAAAACUUUUAAAUCCAGAGAAGGGCUUAGACAACACACCCUGACACACAGUGGUGUUAGAAAUUAUGAGUGUCUGGAAUGUGGAAUGCAAUUCAUCACAAAGGUUAACCUCACCACACACAUCUUGACACACAGUGGUGUUAGAAAUUAUGAGUGUCUGAAAUGUGGAAAGAAAUUCACCACAAAGGGUAGCCUCACUACACACACCCUGAGACACAGUGGUUGGAAUUAUGAGUGUCUGGAAUGUGAAAAGAAAUUCACUACAAAGGGUAACCUCAACAGACACACCCUGACACACAGUGGUGUUAGAAAUUAUGAGUGUGGAGAGUGUGGAAGGAAAUUCACCACAAAGGGUAGUCUCACCAUACACAUCAUGACACACAGUGGUAUUAGAAAUUAUGAGUGUCUGGAAUGUGGCAAGAAAUUCAUCACAAAGGCUAACCUCACCACACACACCCUGACACACAGUGGUGUUAGAAAUUAUGAGUGUGGGAAGUGUGGCAAAAAAUUUCUUACCAUUAGUAGUCUUGACAGACAUGUCUUCAGACACACUGGCUUGAGGGAGUUCAAGUGUGAUGUUUGUGGCAAGUGUUUCAAGACUAAGAGUGACAUUGCCCGGCAUGUGAAGAUCCACUUUUGAGGUGGUGUGUUGUGUGGACCGGUGGGGCCACACUCAUGCCUGUUGAAGUAUUUGGUGGUGGUGGUGGGCAGUGUGUUUCUUCUUUUUUCUCUCCUGUUGCCUCCUCCUGACCUUGGCCUGACCUUCCAGCCUUUCCUCCUCAGCACAGCCAGGUGAAGCACGCCUUCAGUGGGAACCGGUCUCCCGAGGGUGUCACCAAGGCUCUCCAUCUCCAGCAGGACAUGGGGGGGUCAAGAUGGCAGGCAAGCAAGCAAGCAUGGAGGUGUGAGGCUGCAGUGGUGAGAAAACCAUGCAUGUGGCUGGCUGGCUGUGAAGAUCCUAAAGGACUGUGGUGGUGGUGGUGACUGUGAGAGAAAGGACAUGGAGGUGAAGGUCAGCAUUUCAGUGUGUGCAGUGUGUCCUGUCAAUGUGGGCUUGCUGCUGCUGCACUGACACAGCAUGACAGCAUCCACUACAGCUCAGCCAAGAGGGAAGGAGGGAGUGUUCUGCAUUCACCACACCACCACAGCAGCAGUAAUGGUGGUGGUGGCUGCAUCUCACCACCAGCUGUGUUGUGAAGCUGCUAACAGUUCAGUGGUGGUGUGUGUUCCUCGGGCAGUUGUUGCACUGUGUGGUUUCUUGGUGGUUGCAGUAGUGAUGUGUCAUCACCAGUGCUCACUCACGAUUUGGUCACUGCUUGUGUGGCUUAGAAAUGGGUCUUCUUUCAGUGGUGGUGGUGGUGGUCAGACUCAUUGACUGAAAAUAAAAAUUAAAUAAAUGAAAGAAAAGUGCAAAUG